AUCCUCAUAUGUUUUGUUAACUUCACUCAAAUUCAUUUACUAUGUUUAUGAUUUUACAGGAUGAUACUUUCAGUAUCACGGGGAAGAAACAACCUCUUAAGAGGAAAGAUGGCGACAAAUAUGGAGGGAAGGUGAAAUCAAUUGUAGGCACUAAGUUUCGUACCAGAACUGGAUGCUUGACAUGUAAAAAGCGGAAACGAAAAUGUGAUGAACACCAUCCUUCUUGCAACUACUGCCACUCAAGAGGCGUAGAAUGUGUUUAUGUUAACACUCCCUUACAAGGGACCAAACCCAUAAGACCUGAAAGCGACUCUGAGGCUCCCAAAAUCCAGCAAAUUGAUCACUCAGAACCACCAUUAUAUGAGCUUUUAUUAACAGAUCCAUCAUUUAACCAGACCGAACAAUCUUUGAUUUCAAUGCCAUCUCCUGUUACAGAAAAGCAAUUAAAUUCCGAUUUGGAGUAUAUUGAGAACAUUUUAAACGAGCCUAAUGAUGGUACACUAAUCAAACUUCAUGAAGAUCCAACAACAAAUGAGGAUCAGUUUGAGUACAUGAUUUCCCCAACUUCACUACAUCCAACGGCAUUUCCGUCGCUUUUUCUAGAUGACGAAGGCCGGUCGUAUUUCGAGUUUUUCCAUGUUAAAGUCUCAAAGUUUCUUGCCCUUUCAGAUGGCCCCAUGAACUACUUUUCUAACUUUUUGUGUACACUAGCCAAUAAUGAAGAGUCAUUUCUAUAUGCCUUGACAUCCUGGGGUGCUCUUUAUGCUGGACAUGAUGAUACAAAGGUAAAAGUGUACCUUAACAAGGCAUUAAAUACAUUUGACAACAAUUUCCAGGCGAAGAACCCAUCAGAGAUAUACUUCAGACUCUGCUUCAGCGUGGUUUUGAUUGGAUACUAUGUGUGUUUUGGAGAAGUUGUGACAUGGAAGGGUAUACACGAUAACUGUUGUAGGAUUCUCAAGGAUCUUGGUGGAUUGUACAAGUUUGGAAAGCUAUAUGGGUUCACUAACGAGGCCCGAUUCAUCAUCUCAAACGUUCAGUACGUGGAUGUUAUGUCAGCGUACAAUCACAAGUACGGUACGCAGUUUCUGGUCGGCGAGUACAAGGAAUUCCUUGGUUGUAACGAAAUACAGAGAAAUGAGUUGAGCUAUGGCAUUGAUACACUUCAAGGAGUUCAUCAGUCAAUCUACUUGGUUCUUGCAGACUUGAUGAAUGCCAAAGUGGAAUUGAACAAAAAAUUGAAGGAACUUCAGAUGUUUCUGGAUACUGACGAGCAUCGGUUUUACUGCCUAAAAGAAGAGCUCUAUCAGAUGUACGGAACUGUCAUCAAGAAACUUGAAACAUCUAUUGAAGAAGCAGAACCCAACUACAGCUUACUCGAGUUGAUAAAAGACCAACCUCAAGAGCACGAUGCAUAUUUGAACUCAUUUAAGUUGUAUCAGUCAACAUGCAGGUUAUACUUUAAGCUCUUUUUGAAAAAGAUUCCUCCCAAGAACAUGGAGAUUCAAUUGCUAGUAAGAGAGGUUUACGAGGCGGCAGAGAAAUUGGAGAACACCCGCUUCUGCGUGAUAUUGUGCCUACCAAUGCUUAUGUGUGGGGUUUGUUGUGUUGAUAAAUUUGAUAGAGAAACGAUCGAGAAAAAGAUCCAACGGCUCAAGCAAACAAGCCCGGUCUUGAACAACCAUAAAACUUGGUUAUUGAUUUUGAAAUCAUGGGAAUUAAAUCCUUGUGGUGAAUUUGUUGUUGACUGGGCUGAUAUUGCCGAUGAGUAUGGUUGGUUUUUAAACUUGUGUUAAUGAGUAAUAUGAAAAUAAUGUACAAUGCAACGUUCA